GUGAGCUACAUCAAUAAAAGCUCUAAAAGGACUAAUAGGAGGAUCAACAUGAGCCAACCCCGUUCUUCUGAUGUUAAUGUGAAGAACUCAAAUGCAGCAUUUACUGAGCCUCUAAAAGAAGGCCUCCACUCCAUCAAAAGAGUCUACGAAGCCCUCACUGAAGCAGAUGUAGAUCCCUUUAGUGGCCAGUGCUCCAACUACAACUACAUUAGAGAGCAGAUUGUGCAGGCCAAGCAGAGCCUGGAGCAGUCAGAACAGGCAGCCGCUACAGUGCUGAGGAGUCUGGAUGAAAAAAUUGAAAUCCUUACGCGUGAUGAGGGAAAGCUUGAACAGAAGAUGACUGCUACACAAGAAACCUUACACAACCUGAAAAUUAAACAGACAUCUAAUGAAAACUUACUGAGUGACUCUGAAGGUGCUCUGGAGCUGGCCAAAACAAACCUAAGCACAACAAGAGAAGCACUUCAAAGACAGAAAGAAAGGAAAGACACUGCUACAACUGUGAGGGAUGUUGGGCUGGGAGUGACAUUAAUACCCAUUGUUGGAUGGGUUGUUGGUCCUGCCAUGAUAGUUGCUGGAGAAGCAAAAAUAUCCCAAGCUUCAAGAGCUAUUAAAGUAACUGAAAAAGAAGUGACAGCAUCAAAGAAAGAAAAGAAAAAAUACAAAAGCAAAGUGUCAGACUACAAGUCCGAGAUUUCUAAGACUGAGCGCAAAAUCAAGCAAAAACAUGAAAAGGCAGACCGGAUCCAUGAAGAGAUUGAAAAAGUGAAUCAGCAGAGAGACGCCGUAGCUGAGUUCCAGGAGAAAGUGAGAAGUGCCGUCCGCAUCCUGGGUGAACUGAGUGGGACGUCCAGCGUGGCUGAGGUUCAGACUCGCAGAUACAUCCUCCAGGGGCCAGUGAUGAAGGUGAUGGAGGAUCUGAUGAAGGCAGCAGAUAAAAUCGCAGGGAACUGGCUUUGCUUAACUGACUCUGAAUAUGAAAAAAUGAAUUCAGGCAGGGUCCAUGUACCUUUCGUUAAUCGCCUUUUGAGUUUAUUUUCCAGCAAUAAAAAAUAACGGAGAACAAGCAUAUUUUCUAAUUUUGAAUGACAUAUUAUUGCAUAAAAAAAAUCAAAAUUAUUUCCGCAAUCAAAAAUUAUUCAUUUUGUGUAGAUGGAAGAGUCCACAGAAACCAGAGGUUAAAGAAUGGCUCCGAAAAAAUGUAUUGAUCUAUUUAGCCUAUGCUUGUAGU